CAGCAACAAAGCCAAAUCACCAAUAAUCCCCACUUCCGAGUUCCGACAAUACUUUUCUCCAGCCUUUUCGCGCUCUGCGGAAGAUCGAUCACAGCGAAGUCGUCGUCGUCGUGAUUGACAUGAGCUCCCGAAUGGCCGGAGCGGCGCUGCUGCGCCACCUGGGCCCGCGCCUGUUCGCUGCCGAGCCGGUGUACUCAGGGCUCGGUGCGGGCGCGAGGGGCGUCAUGCCCGCCGCCGCGAGGAUUUUCCCCGCUAGGAUGGGCAGCACCAGCGCGGCCGCGGACGCGGACGCCAAAGAAACCGCCACCGAGAAGACGCCGGAGCCGGCGGCGGCCACCGAUCUGCAGAGCAAGAAUGGCAUCGUGAGCUACUGGGGCAUCCAGCCGCCGAAGCUCGUGAAAGAGGACGGCACGGAAUGGAAGUGGCUCUCCUUCAGGCCGUGGGACACGUACACGUCGGACACAUCGAUCGACGUGACGAAGCACCACGAGCCGAAGGGCCUCCCCGACAAGCUGGCGUACUGGACGGUGAAGUCGCUGUGCGUGCCCAGGGACCUCUUCUUCCAGCGGCGGCACGCCAGCCACGCGCUGCUUCUGGAGACGGUGGCCGGGGUACCCGGCAUGGUGGGCGGCAUGCUGCUCCACCUGCGCUCCCUCCGCCGCUUCGAGCACAGCGGCGGCUGGAUCCGCGCGCUGCUGGAGGAGGCCGAGAACGAGCGGAUGCACCUCAUGACCUUCCUCGAGGUGAUGCAGCCCCGGUGGUGGGAGCGCGCCCUCGUGCUCGCCGCGCAGGGCGUCUUCUUCAACGCCUACUUCGUCGGCUACCUCCUCUCCCCCAAGUUCGCGCACCGCUUCGUCGGCUACCUCGAGGAGGAGGCCGUGAACUCGUACACCGAGUACCUCAAGGACCUCGAGGCCGGCAAGGUCGAGAACGCGCCGGCGCCGGCCAUCGCCAUAGACUACUGGCGCCUACCCGUCGACGCCACGCUCAAGGACGUCGUCACCGUCAUUCGCGCCGACGAGGCGCACCACCGCGACCUCAACCAUUUCGCAUCGGACAUCCAAUACCAGGGGAUGAAGCUGAAGGAGACGCCCGCGCCUAUCGGCUACCACUGAUCAUCAGUGAACGAUAGAUGCUCUUGCUAAAGUUCAUCGCCAUUAUUGCUACUGGAGUACAUGCGUAUUACUAUAUCACACCCUGUAUGGGAAUUGGGACAAAUUGUUCUAUUCUACAUUUCUACUCGUAUGUAAAGAACUGAUGUUUCACCCUGAUGUCAUUCUGUUCUACGCCCUGUACAUAUGCAAUAACAAUAAGAAUAUGAUUUUUGGAAUAGCAGUAUGUACAUGUUCAGAAUUGCA